AUGGGGCCGCGGCGCCUCCCGCCGCUCCUGCCGGUGCUCCUGGCCUGCUGGGCCUCCGUGAGCGCCCAGGCUGGGGCCACCCCGGCUGGGACCACCCCGGCCCUCAACUCCGUGGAGCCAACCCCGACGACUCCCCGACCCGCCUUGCCCGCUAGGCCCUCCUCCGGUCCCAGGCCCACCCCGGUCACGGACGUUGCUGCUUUGUGUGUCUGCGACCUGUCUCCAGCACAGUGUGACGUCAACUGCUGUUGUGAUCCCGAUUGCAGCUCGGUGGAUUUCAGUGUCUUUUCUGAUUGCUCAGUUCCAGUGGUCACGGGUGAUAGUCAGUUUUGUAGCCAAAAAGCAGCCAUCUAUUCAUUGAAUUUUACAGCAAACCCACCUCAGAGAGUAUUUAAAAUUGUCGACCAGAUCAAUCCAUCUAUUUUCUGCAUUCAUAUUACAAACUAUAAACCUGCAUUAUCCUUUCUUAAUCCAGAAGAGCCCGAUGAAAACAAUUUUGAUAAGUUUAUGAAAACAUUUGAUGGUUUUUCAUCAAAGGCAGCAUCAGAUGUUUCUUUAACAAAGGAACCAGAUCCCCCAGAUACUACUAAAUAUGAGUAUGGGGCUCUUCUGCAGACGUCACAUUCAUUUUUGAGAUUUCCUUCCCCCCUUACAUCAUCUCUGUGCACCGACAAUAACCCUGCAGCCUUUUUGGUGAACCAAGCUGUUAAGUGCACCAGGAGGAUGGACUUGGAACAGUGUGAAGAGAUGGAAGCCCUGAGCAUGGCUCGUUACAGCAGCCCUGAAAUUCUGAGGGUACCUAAUUCAGAAACAAAGGUCCCUAUCACUGUCCAGUCCAUCGUCGUUCAGUCUCUAAAUAAAACGCUCACCCGGCUGGAAGACACGGGUAUACUGGAGCAGGCUCUUGUCCAGGCUGGGACUGUUAAAAUCUGCACCAACGUCGUCCUGGAGGUGAAGUACAGUCUCACAUACACGGAUGCAGGUGAAAUAACAAAAGCUGACCUCUCUCUGCUCCUGGGGACAGUCAGCCACGCAGGGCUCCCACUCCAGCAAAAGUUUGAAAUUCGUUUCAUCCAGCAAAACACAAAGCCAGUUCCUCUCAGUGGAAACCCUGGUUACGUUGUGGGGCUCCCGCUAGCUGCCGGAUUCCGGCCUCACAAAGGGUCUGGGAUUAUUCAGACCACGAAUAGAUACGGACAACUUACUGUUCUUCGUAGCACAGCCGAGCAGGACUGCUUGGCCAUAGAGGGGAUCCGGACUCCAGUGUUAUUUGGUUACAAUAUGCAGUCUGGCUGUAAACUAAGGCUGACCAGAGCCGUCACGUGCCCGCUUGUCGUGGAGAAGGUGAAGAGCCUGCUGAAGGGCCAGGGCUUCCCAGAUUACGUGGCCCCCUUUGGGAAUUCCCAGGCCCGGGAUGUGCAGGACUGGGUGCCUGUCCACGUAGUCACCCAGGCACCCUACGUGAAGGGUUCUUGCCAGCUGCCGGUGGCUUUGGCUAUAGACGUGAAGUGGACCAAAUACGGGUCCUUGCUGAACCCGCAGGCGAAGAUCGUCGGUGUCACUGCAAGUCUCCUCUCCUCAUCCUUUCCCGAGGCCGACUCGGGAAGUGAAAGGACAAUUCUUAUCUCCACCACGGUUACUUUUGUGGAUGUGUCUGCACCUGCAGAGGCGGGCUUCAGGGCUCGGCCAAGCAUCAACGCCAGGCUGCCCUUCAAUUUCUUCUUCCCGUUUGUUUGACGGCGCUCAAAUGAAAGGCUGCCUCAGUAUCCAUGCGGAACGUGAAAACUGUACAUUUGAUGAGAUUAAAUUUUAUAUACAGCUA